AUGCCGCGCACCGCCGAGACUGCGAGCUUUAAGUUCAAUCACACCAUGAUCCGUAUCAAAGAUCCCAAGAUCUCCAUUCCCUUUUACACCGACAUAUUAGGGAUGGACCUCGUCUCCUCGCACGAUUUCAGCGACUUCACGCUCUACUUCCUCGCAUACGACGACUCUGACGGCAAGCUUACCGGCGACCAGAAGGAAGCCCGCCGCCUCAGCCGCGAGGGUAUCCUCGAACUGACCCACAACCACGGCACCGAAUCGCUCGCCGAAACGCCAUACGUUUCUGGUAACGCCGAACCUGGAAAGGGCUUCGGGCACAUCGCCAUCACCGUGGGCGACGUCGAGGCUGCCUGCGCUCGCUUUGAGAAGCUCGGCGUUCCAUUUAAAAAGAAGCUCACGGACGGAAAGAUGAAGAAUAUCGCGUUCAUUCUAGAUCCCGAUGGCUAUUGGAUUGAGGUGCUCCAGCACACUGAUUAG